UGACUAGUGUCAGCAAUUGCCCGAAGCAUAUCUUGUACACAGCCAAAUAAAACACCACAAACUCAUAAUCCGGUUUUACAUGUACAAGAGGACCAACUCAUUUCAGCAGCUUGUUUAGGUUCAUGAAGAUGAGUGGGUUGCAGAAGCCUCACCUUGUGGCUGUGCCAUUCCCAGCGCUUGGUCACUUCAUUCCUUUUCUCGACCUCGCAAAGCUCCUCGCUUCCAAUGGCUUCACCAUCAGUUACGUCACAACGCCUGGAAAUGUCUCCUUCCUGCAGGAUUACAUCGAUCAAGCUCUGAACGAUGGUCUCGAUAUUCAGCUGGUUGCCAUUCCCAUGCCCACCGUGGAAGGCUUACAAGGAAGAGAGAGGAGCGAUUUGUGUCCGUGGGAGUCAAAAAACCUAAUCUUUCAAAUGGCGGAAAGGCUUCAAAGCCCUUUCGACGCUUGGAUGGAGCAGCAAUUCCACCAACAAAGAGCAAUACCUCCAGUGUGUAUUGUCUACGAUAUGUUUACAGGGUGGGCUGUAGACACGGCCCAAAAAUAUAGCGUUGCCAGUAUCCUGUUCAAAACCUGUGGGGCCUUUGCAACAAGUCUGCUGCAUUCCCUUUCCUGUUCAAUAUUGCAGAGCGCAUUGGAGAAAGACGGGGAAGACAGUCUUGUGGUGAGCUUCAAUCUGCCUCAUCCUCUCCGACUGUUUAAACAUGAGGUAUCCCCACUUUACUUCAAUCCAGAUCUUUCAAACUUCAUUCAACGUUAUGUUAGUCAGUGUUACCAGCAGAUUGGCAAAGGCUCGGGAAUACUGAUCAAUACGUUCCAUGAGCUCGAGCCUUUCUAUGUCCAGCACUUGAAAAGUUUGACGGCUAAACCAGUUUGGGCCAUAGGCCCUGUGCAUCCAAAAAAUUUAUCUGGGGGAGCAGGUAAUGUUAACACUAGAGGGAAAAUGGUGGGCAUCAAUGAACAAGAACUGGUUUUCUGGCUGGAUUCGCAAAGCCCUCGUUCGGUUGUGUAUGUUUCUUUUGGAAGCCACACUUUCUUAUCAGAAGAACAAACGCAUGCCUUGGCCAGAGGUCUAGAAGCCAGCGAACAGCCAUUUGUUUGGACUAUUAAAGUGCCCCCAAAGAACGAACCAGCAUCUUCAGAGUCAAAGACUGAUGAUAUUAGCACAUAUUUGCCAGAGGGCUUUCUGGAGCGAACAAAAGAGAGAGGGUUAAUCAUACGCGGCUGGGUUCCGCAGCUUGUAAUUCUUUCCCAUGUUUCGGGGGGUGCCUUCAUAAGCCACUGCGGAUGGAACUCUGCACUGGAAAGCAUUUCUCUUGGUGUUCCAAUUCUUGCAUGGCCAAUGUUUGGAGAUCAGCACUUCAAUUCAAAGCUGUUUGCAGAAUUAGGCGUAGGAAUUCAGUUCUGCCAACACAUAGAUGGGAUUCCGAAGGAGGAAAGAGUAAAGGAGGUUGUGACAAUGGCUCUAGUUGGGCAGAAAAAAGAAGAGAUGAGAGAGCGCGCAGAGAAGGUGAGGGAGAUGGCUACAAACGCUAUCAGAGGGGAAGGAUCUUCAGUUGCUGAUUUGAGAGGUUUUGUCAGUGACAUGCAUAAGUUAAAUUCCAGACCGACAGAGCACAGGAGAGGUGGAAUGGAAUCUUGAAUUUUACUGAAAAAGUGUUAUGUACUGAUUAGUAUCUUUAAGUCGACGUAUACGGUUUAUUUCAUAAGAAAAAGUAUAUUUAAGUCGACGUAUUUAUUAUUGUUUAUAUAAUUUUAAGUAUUUUUUUU